GGGGAGGGAGUGUCUCGUCCGUACGCACAGACAGCAGGGAGCGGCUGAAGCAAGAGGAGUUCUGGUAACAUUUCGCUGCAUUGCUGAAAGUGACAUAUUAUCAUUUAAAACUUGAACAAUUCUAGAAUAGCAUUGUAUCAACGACAGCUAAAAUGGUAGAUCGCGAGCCACUGGUGCAGAAAGCCAGGCUGGCCGAACAGGCUGAAAGAUAUGAUGAUAUGGCAGCAGCCAUGAAAUCGGUGACAGAGUCGAACGAGGCCUUGUCCAACGAGGAGAGGAACCUGCUGUCUGUGGCCUAUAAGAACGUGGUGGGGGCGCGGCGCUCGUCCUGGCGCGUCAUCUCCAGCAUCGAGCAGAAGACCUCGGCGGACGGCAACGAGAAGAAGAUGGAGAUGGUGCGCGCGUACCGCGAGAAGAUCGAGAAGGAGCUGGAGACCGUGUGUCAGAACGUGCUCAACCUCCUGGACAACUUCCUGAUCAAGAACUGCAACGACACGCAGCACGAGAGCAAAGUGUUUUACCUGAAGAUGAAAGGCGACUACUACCGCUACCUGGCUGAGGUGGCCACGGACGAGAAGAGGGUUGGCGUGGUGGAGUCCUCUGAGAAGUCCUACAGCGAGGCCCAUGAGAUCAGCAAGGAGCACAUGCAGCCCACCCACCCCAUACGCCUGGGUCUGGCCCUCAACUACUCCGUGUUUUACUACGAGAUCCAGAAUGUACCUGAGCAGGCCUGCCACCUGGCCAAGACUGCCUUCGAUGACGCCAUCGCUGAGCUAGACACCCUGAACGAGGACUCCUACAAAGACUCUACCCUCAUCAUGCAGCUGCUACGAGACAACUUGACACUGUGGACGAGCGACCAGCAAGACGACGAGGGUGGCGAGACCAAUAACUAGAGAGUCCCCAAAGAGACCUCCGUGUCCUGUUUCAGCCAAUACACACAACACGCCCACGCGCUCACAAAUGACAACAAACAAAAAUUAAACUUAGACAUUUUUUAAUGUUGGAACUUUGGUAGCCACUUUUGCCGAUGAUACAACAGCAGCUGCAGUUCUUUAUUUUUCCCAACGAAUAUAAAAAGUGAAGAAACAAUUUAAUUAAAAAGAAGAGUAGGAGGGGAGAUGAGUUUAGUUUCUAGUAUAGUUUAAAAAAAAAAAAAUAAUAAUAAUAGAUAAACCCCUCCCUUCUUGAUUGCCUCUGCAACUUUUGUCAAAACACCACUUGAGAAUGAAGAAGGUCUGUGGUCAGUGGGUCAGUCAGUCAGUGAGUAGAGUGUGGCUGUUGCGUUAGAGACGACACCCUCACGUUGCCAUGGAGACCGGCAUGUUAUGUCAUUAGCUACAUGAAGUGGAGCUGCUUAUUUAACUUAUGUGGUAAGGGAGGAGGAACAUUCAAAAUUGUAAGGGGAGAUCGACGCUUGUGCAAAAAUAAAAUUAAUAUAUAGAAUAUUUAAAAAAUAAUAAUAAUAAUUAAUCACCUCGCAAAAAAAUAAAGAGUUGAUAACAGUUUCCUGAUAGAGUGAAAGAGCUAUCGUAUCUCUAGCCAGAAACCUCAGACUUACCAACAUGGAAUCUAGAAGUAUGCCUCACCCUGUAAUGGUAAUCGUUGAAUGAAGUCAGAUAUUGUUUGUGGUUAUUGAACAUAACCCAAUGUUUUGUUCCCAUGAUCUCAGCAAUUGGUUUGGACCCAGUCAUCUAGAGUACUGUAACGAAAGCAGGAGGAAACACACAGCCAGUCCUCUCAUGCACUGAUACGCUCUACAGUCAUCCAGACUAGAGUACUGUAACGAAAGCAGGAGGAAACACACAGCCAGUCCUCUCAUGCACUGAUACGCUCUACAGUCAUCCAGACUAGAGUACUGUAACGAAAGCAGGAGGAAACACACAGCCAGUACAGUCCUCUCAUGCACUGAUACGCUAUACAGUCAUCCAGACUAGAGUACUGUAACGGAAGCAGGAGGAAACACACAGCCAGUCCUCUCAUGCACUGAUACGCUAUACAGUCAUCCAGACUAGAGUACUGUAAUGAAAGCAAGAGGAAACACACAGCCAGUCCUCUCAUGCACUGAUACGCUCUACAGUCAUCCAGACUAGAGUACUGUAACGAAAGCAAGAGGAAACACACAGCCAGUCCUCUCAUGCACUGAUACGCUACACAGUCAUCCAGACUAGAGUACUGUAACGAAAGCAGGAGGAAACACACAGCCAGUCCUCUCAUGCACUGAUACGCUAUACAGUCAUCCAGACUAGAGUACUGUAACGAAAGCAAGAGGAAACACACAGCCAGUCCUCUCAUGCACUGAUACGCUAUACAGUC